UCGUGACGUCACAGUAUCGAUAACUAACCUUUUUGAGCGAUAUGUCACGCAAAAGUUUAGGUUAAGAUAUAGAAAACAGAAUAUCUUGUAAUUUAUGAAGAAUGUACGUAUUUAUCACAAAGAUGACACAAGUUAGGACGAUAUUGCAGAAUUAUGCAAAAAUCGGCAUCGGUUUGUAUGUGAGAGGCGUGAAAAAUACUGCGAAACAAAGCUACACUAAAACCGUGCUAUUGCCGCAAACUAACUUCCCGGUACGACUUGGCGGCAAGAAAAGAGUGGAGAUGGAUAAUUAUUUGAUAGAAGUAGAAAUGCGGCUUCUUGGAGUUAUACAAAUGGCAAAGGAAAAAUCUCUCUGGACCAGAUUUCAUUCUGCACGAUGGUCCACCCUAUGCCAACGGAAAACCACACAUGGGCCAUGCUAUUAACAAAAUCCUCAAGGAUAUUACUCUGCGCAGUAAAAUUAUAACAGGUAGAAGAGUACAUUAUGUUCCAGGAUGGGAUUGUCAUGGUUUACCAAUUGAACUGAAGGCAGUCAGAGAUAUAAAAGACAUCAGUCCCCUAGAGAUUCGUCAGAAAGCUCAAAAAUAUGCAAGUGAUACUAUAGGGAAACAGAGAGAAGCUUUUAUAUCAUGGGGCACUAUAGCUGACUGGAGUGAAUCGGGAUGUUAUUUCACGAAUCAUCCGUCAUAUGUGAAGAACCAGCUGCAACAGUUUAUGAAUCUGUAUGAAAAGGGACUUGUGAAAAGGGAUUUCAAACCAGUGUACUGGUCGCCUUCCUCUAAAACAGCACUAGCAGAGUCGGAAUUGGAGUAUAACGAGUCUCACAAAAGCAAAAGCAUUAUUAUUCGUAUGCAAGUCGAUACAUUGCCGUCAAAUUUAAGAAGGUUAGAGAGUUUAGAGAAGAAGCCGCUUCAUGCCCUUAUCUGGACUACGACACCAUGGACAUUGAUAGCUAAUCAAGCUAUAGCGUUCUCCAAUGACACUGUCUACUGUGUAGUAGAGGAUAACUCGAAAAAUCUGUACAUCGUUGCACAUGCAUGUAUAAAAUAUGUUGAGGAGAAGCUCGGCCCAUUAAAGCCCAUUGCAAAUAUCAAAGGACACGAGUUGGCUGAAGCGAGGUAUCUCCAUCCCAUCACCAAGAAACGUUUACCCUUCUUACCAUGCGAACAUAUUAAAACCAAUGUUGGUACUGGGCUAGUUCAUACAGCUCCAGCACAUGGUCCAGAGGACUUUGUUGUCGCAGUAGAAAAUAACAUACCAAUAAUAUCUCUAGUGAACGAAGAAGGAUGUUACACCAAAGAAGCGGGUGAUAAGUUUGCCGGUUUAAACGUGCUAUCUGACGGCGCCGAUAGGAUCUUGAAUUACAUCGCCACAGAUGUGUUGCAUACCGACACGCUCGUGCAUAGCUACCCAUAUGAUUGGCGCACCAAAAAACCUGUAAUUAUCCGCGCGAGUUACCAAUGGUUCAUAGACCUGAAUCCCAUUAAGCAGAAAGCUAUUGACAGCAUUUCGAGUAUAAAGAUAUAUCCGGAGCAAAAUCAAACGUCAUAUUUGAACGCGCUACUCGCUCAAAUUAAGCAGCGACCAUACUGGUGCAUCUCUCGACAGCGAUCCUGGGGCACGCCGAUACCAGUGUUGUACAAUAAACAAACCGGUGAUGUGUUCACGAGCAGGUAAUUUUUUUCUGUAUUGUUUUU